AUGGCAUACUUAUUGUUCAUCCUAAUUUCUGUUCUGGCCUUGAACUUUCAUUCAGAAGCAAGAACGGAAGUAAGAGAAAAAGUCUACAUCGUAGAAUCAAAGUGGACUGCAAAUCCUACAGUACCACCUGAGAAACUGGUGCUUAUCUGCAAUGUAUCUGAAGAAGAAGAGGAGGUAUCUGUCUAUUGGAAAAAAGAUCAGAAAAUGAAAGGAAAAGGCAAGGAGUUGGAAAUCACAGUCAAGGAGCCCCUCGAUGCUGGCAAUUACACUUGUUGGAAUCAUGUCACACAUAAACUUAUAAGUUUCACUGCCAUUUUUAUUAAGAAGAUUGGUGCUAAUGGAGAAAUAGCUGACCCAAUUCUCAAAGCCUUCAAAGGCACAAAGGAUAGGACCUUCUUCAAAUGUACUGCAAACAACUACUCUGGCAACUUCAAGUGCUUUUGGACAUCAACUAUCCAAGAUUCAGAUUUGCACUUCGAGGUUGUAAUUGGGAAUCAAGCAAGGUCCAGAGGAAACAUAAUUUGUGAGAAGCCAGAGCCAGAGAAGGAUGAUACGGGACGGAAUCAUGAAGAGGAUGAAGUAAAGUACUCAGUUUCCUGUAAAAAACAAAAUAAUUGCUCGCUCACAGAGGAGUACCAACGAACCGACAUGAUUCUAAAAGUUUUCCAUGGAGCUGUAUAUGAAAGCCACACACACACCUUCUUGAUCAAAGAUAUAUUAAAGCCUGAUACUACUGAAUGCUGGAUUAACCAAGCUGGCCUAUUGACAUGGAAACCACCAAAAACCUGGAGCACUCCUCAUAGUUAUUAUGGACUAAGAUACCAGAUCAAAACUGUUCGAAAUAAAAAAAAUGUACAGAUAUAUGAAGUGACUAAUGAUGCACUAAAUCAAACUGGAGAUCUUCUAGCCUACUACAGGAAAGAGUGUCAAUAUGGAUGUUGUUGUAUUCGAUCCAGGGAUCGCUAUCACAAAAAUUCUGCUUGGAGCGACUGGUCUGAGCAGUGCAGUGUGAUAAUCUCCAUGAUCUCUGAUGUCAGUGAACAAGAUGGAGGAGAUGACAGUGGGCGACCCAAAUCAGCUAAAGGUUGGUGUUAUACUUUGUCAGAUCAAGGUACGCUCUUCCUCAAAGAUCAGCCAGUUAGAAGGAGUAAAAAGAGUAGCAGUACCAGUAGCACAGCUGUGGUAGCACGGCAUCAAUAUGGCACUUUCUUAAGCAACAUGGUGAAGAAAACAGAUUCCUCCUGUCACAGGGAGUUUGCAAUCUAA